AUGAGGGUGCAGCUAGUCUAUGGGAUGCAGAGUGGAAGGCCAAUUUUCCGAGCCACAAUGCCACUUAAACUCUUUCACACCUACUCAAGACUGCUACGAUUUGAUGACCGUGAGUCAAGACCAGCUAGACGUGUGACAGACAAACUUGCAGCCAUAAGACACGUCUGGGACAGGUGGGUGGAGCGGCUGCCCUACCUCUACAAUCCAGGGCCUGACGUAACAGUGGAUGAGCAACUGGUUCCAUUUAGAGGUCGUUGUCCUUUCUGGCAGUAUAUGCCCAGCAAGCCAGCAAAAUGUUGGAUUAAGUCAUGGGUGGCUUGCGAUGCCAAAUCAAGCUAUGCUUGGAAAAUGCAAGUCUAUACCGGGAAGCUGACCGGUGGAUGCCCAGAGAAGAACCAGGGGAUGCGAGUUGUGCUUGAUGUGACAGAGGGACUGAGGGGUCACAAUGCUCGAAACGCUGAGAAGGCCAUGACGGCCUUGGCUCGCUUCCGUCAAGCCCAGCUGGAUGAGGGAAAAGUCAAGGAGCGUCGACCUUUCCUGGCCUCAGAGUGCAGCGAUCUUCCUAAGGCUGAAAAAUGGAGGCGACAGAUUAUCAGCGAGGUAUCCAAAAAAGUGGCCCAGAUCCAAAAUGCGGGUCUGGGAGAGUUCAGGAUCCGGGAUCUGAACGACGAGAUCAACAAACUGCUGAGGGAAAAACGCCACUGGGAGUACCGCAUCCGGGAGCUGGGAGGAGCCAACUACAGGCGCUUUGGGCCCCGCAUACUGGACCACGAGGGACGCGAGGUUCCCGGCAACCGGGGAUACAAAUACUUCGGGGCUGCCAGGGACCUGCCCGGGGUCAGGGAACUCUUUGAGAAAGAACCGGCGCCAGAGCUCCGCAAGACCCGCGGCGAGCUGAUGAAGGACGUGGACGCUGAGUACUACGGCUACCGAGACGAAGACGACGGCAUCCUGGUUCCGCUGGAGACGCGGCACGAGAAGCGAGCCAUAUCGGAGGCGGUUCACAAGUGGAAGACGGAUCGCCAGUGCCUUCCUUCGGGCGAGCCGGCACCGCCGGCAGCGGAGGAAGAAGACGAGCCCAGCAUCUACUCGCUCGCCGUCAUAGAGCCCGAAUAUGACGAGGGAGCAGCGGAGGAAGACGACCAAGACGAGGGCGGCGUCGCCUUCUUCGCGCACAUUCCUGUACCCUCGCAGAAAGAGGUGGAAGAGGCGCUGGUGCGGCGGAAGAAGAUGGAGUUGUUGGAACGAUACGCCAGCGAAAGUCUGCAACAACAAAGUCGUGAAGCCCGAACGCUGCUGGGACUCUGA